GGGCGACAGCAGCUUUAUUGGUGGCCGCAUACAGCCGUCGUCGAGCAUACCUGGAAGCAAGAGGGCCUUUCACCGCUGUAAUCGAUCGCUGCCAGGCCGCCGCAUCGAGCGUUGAGUCCAACAAAAGCAGUGCGCACACAUACACAGCCUGCAGCACAUAGCAGCAGCACUGCACGACGACGCGCCCGCGGCAGGACCACCAAUAGAUAUGCCCUUCAACCAAAAGAAGCAAAAGCGCGUCGACCGCACGGACAAGUGGUACGUCUUAGCGAAGGAGCAGGGCUACCGCUCGAGAGCCGCGUUCAAGCUGUCGCACAUCAACAAGGAGUUCAAUUUGAUAUCGAAACAGACGCGCGUGGUGCUGGAUCUGUGCGCGGCACCCGGCGGCUGGAGUCAAGUAGCCGCCAAGGAAGCGGGGGCCGGCUGUGCCGUGAUAGCUGUGGACCUCUUACCUAUUAGACCUAUCCCCAACGUGCGGACGAUUGUGGGAGACAUUACCUUGGAUCGGACCCAUGCGAUAGUGAGGAAGGAAGCGAAGGAGUCGAUGCAGCGGCAGGACGACGAGGAAGGUCGGGCGGGCAGGUAUGUCGACGUCGUCCUAUGUGAUGGCGCGCCGAACGUGGGCGCCACCUACACGAAGGACGCCUUCGUCCAGAACGAGAUUUCCUUGCUGGCGCUGAAGUGUGGUUUAUCUUGUGGCUUGAGGAGGGGUGGCUCUUUCGUGACGAAGGUCUAUCGCGGCCAAGAUUACAACUCAUUGGUCUGGUGUUUUGGAAGGCUCUUUGAUCGCGUAAGGGCGCACAAGCCACCUAGUUCGAGAGCUCAAUCCGCCGAGAUCUUCGUGGUGUGUACGGGGUAUCUGGCGCCACAUAAGGUCGACCCUCGACUCCUAGACCCAAAACACGUUUUUAUGGACAUCAACGGCGAAUCAUUGCAGAAGCCGUUGGCCGUGUUGCACCCCCAAGCUGGCAAAAAAAGGAGACAUCGCGACGGUUAUGCCGACAACGACACUGGGUUGUUAGCUCAACCAAGCAUGAGUGCGCGCGAGUUUCUGCUCUCGAAAGAUCCGACCCAGAUCUUGGCCGAACGGUCCAAAAUAAUUUUUGAGGACGACGCGAUCGGGAAUCAUGUGCUAACGGAUCAAGAGGUAAGGGCCUGUGGCGAGGACUUACGUGUAUUGUCCAAGGGCGACUUCCGGUCGCUGCUCAAGUGGCGCGAUAAAUUACUGAAAGAAGGGCUCGUUGAGUCGUCGGAUGAUGAAUCGGCAGCAUCCUCGUCGUCAGAAGCAGUGCAUAAAUCCACCACGGCUGAACCAUGACCUGCACGCCAUCGACGCGACGCUCGAUUCGGUCGCACCCGACGCACCGGUUGAAUUCCACACAGGUCGGAAGAGGAUGAAUCAAUGGACUCGGACGCCGAGGAAGCCGAGGUCCAGCGGCAGAUUCAACACCAAAAAGAACUCGUGCAGCGCGACGCUCGAAGGGAGAAGAAACGUAGAGCUAAAGCAGCGCAGAAGGCGCGGUUGAGAAGGGGUGCGGGCAUCGUCGAGGAGAGCAAUGUUGAUGAUGCCACGCGCGAACAAGUGUUUUCGUUCUCGGAAGCGAAUAAGCUUGGUGGUGUUGACGCUUUACGCGAAGUAGCACCUGAGUCCGACGACGAGUCCGUCGUUAACGUGAGGCCGUCGAAGGGCGAGCUCGGUGCCAAAAACGCUGCCAACUACGAGGAGUACGCUUCAGCACCAGACCGAUUGGAGGCCAUCGAGGACCAGUUGGAUAGCGCCUACGAAGCCUACGCCGACCGACGAGCCGAGAAGACGGGCGCGCCUCGGGUAGAGAAGCAAAAACGCGCAAAAAAAUAUAGAGAUGCGGUCGCGGCUCGCAUCGUCCAAGAUGACGUGGAAUUGAUCGAUGGGGACGUCGAGCAGUACGCCUCGACCCUCAAUCAUGACAGCUCGUCGGAUGACGACGACGUCGAUGCGGCGGCAGAGGCGUCCUCGAAACGUUGGUUCGCGAACCCAUUGUUUGACGAGAUGCCCCGCACCGAGAAGGAGGUGCGGCGCGAGAAGCGCUUGAAGGCGAAGCAACGGAAGGAACGGCGCGACUUACGGCGCGGUGAUGUCGAGGAGCAGCUCGAUAUUGUUACCUCAACAGUAGAGGAGCCUCGGAGCGAGAAGGAGACUGAAGCUCGAAAACUGAUCAAGGCCGGCGUCGGUCAAGUGUCAAAGGAUGAGGAGGGCUUUGAGAUUGUGGAAGAGGAUCCCUUCGCGAGACGAGAACAGCAGCUCAAGACCUAUAUCAGUGAUAGCGAGGACGACGAUGAUAAAGCGGAAACUUUGGCGUUGGCGUCGAUGAUGUUGCGACGCUCGAAAGCCAAGAAGCUCGUCGACGCGUCCUACAAUCGCUUCGCCUGGAACGACCCGCGGGACCUGCCCGCUUGGUUCGUUGAUGAUGAAAAAAGGCACUACCGGCCGCAAGUGCCCAUCAAGCCCGAGUUAUUAGCGGAGAUGAAGGCUAGAUUUCAAUCUUUAGCUGCUAAACCGAUCAAGAAAGUGGCGGAAGCGCGCGCUAGGAAACGAACGAGGGCCGAAGCUCGCCUCAAGGCCGCGAAGAAGCGCGCCGAGGCCGUGGCCAACGACCCGGACAUGAGCGCAGGGCGGAAAUUGAAGGAAGUUGAAAGAGCCAUGGCUCGAGCUUCCAAACAGAAGCGGCCCGACAAGGUGUAUGUGGUCGCGUCGAAGUCGAAGAGCGGCGUGCGCAAGGCCACGUCGGCGCCCAAGGGCGCCACCAAGGGCUCGCGCGUCGUGUCCGUGGACGCGCGCAUGAAGAAGGACAAGCGCGCCGCGAAGAGUCGGGCGAAGAAGCAAAAGAAAUUCGGUAAGCGGCGGAAGGGAAGGCACUAAAAGAUCUA